GCCGGAGAGGGGAUUUCCGGAUACUGCGAGACUUUCCUGUAAAUCACCAAUGCAAGAAGCAAAACUCUACUACAAAACCAAACUUAUCUUAGGUUAAGCUGUUAACUUUUAACAACACCUGAUGUCCGAUAUAUAAUAACAAUAAAAAUGCUGAAGAAAAAUUAAGCGAAGGAUGUUAAAAUCAGCUUUAUCUACGUUUCUCUUGUCCUGUUUGCUGGGACAUCUGGACUGUACAGAUAAUAAACAGGAAACAGUCAAACGUGGAGAAAAUGCCACUCUGCAGUGCAACGGUACCAGAGGUGCUGCUGUCAUAAUGUUAAGGUGGAGGAAAUCUGACCUUCAGUCAGAGCUGGGAAACACAAACAAACAGCUUUAUGUUUUUUACAUCAAGCACAACCGCACUUAUGAAAACUUCCAGCUUCCAUCUUUUAAAGGUCGAGUGCAGCUCAGAGAUCCACAGAUGAAAGAUGGAGACCUCUCUGUGAUUAUCAAAAAUGUCUCCAUGAAUGAUGCUGGAAUAUAUGAAUGUUAUGCUGGAUAUGAUAAAGAGGACCCUCAGCUUAUGCGCAGCACCAACCUGACAGUUGAAGAACCAGGUCAACAAGGAGGACAAAGUCAGGAUGGAGGGAAGGAGGAUGGAGGAGAGAAAAGUGGUUCUGUUGGUCUGAACGUUGGUCUGUCAGUUUUUGCUGUGCUUCUUGUUGUUGUUGGUGUUGUUGUUGGUUUUAUGAUCUACAGAAAACAUAGAAAUCAAUCAAAUCCAGAUUAUCAGUCUCCUCCAGCUCAGGGCAUUGGACUGCCUGAAGUGUCUUCAUAACUGAACUGUGAGUCCUGCUGCUGUUCCAGGUUCUCAGCAGCCAGUUCAACAUUCACAGUAACUGAAGGUCAGAGUUCACAGUGAAAAUUAAAUGAUGUGAGAUGGAGUGAAAGUGGAAUUUGGCAGCAACACUAAGCUCUGUUUUUCUUUGUGAUUAUCUGAUCUCACUGCUCAUCAUACCAGCAAAUGUCCUCAUUCAUUAAUAAUUAUGAACCCAGAUCUGCUUCUGUGUUCAUACAGUUAUUUUAUUACCUUAUAGAUGAUUUCAUGAACACUACAUUUUACAACUAAAUAUAUUUUCUUGGUCAUCAGUGCACCUGCUGCCAAUUUUUUUAUUUUUUUUUUCCAGUCACUGACACAGCUUCUGUAAAUAUUAUAUAUAAAUAAGUAUGUCUCUGGUUGGAGAAAAAAAAAGGGCAUCUGGACUUCUUUUUGUUUCUUGAAGACGUUUCACCUCUCAUUCGAAAUGGUACUUCAGUUCUUAAGUGAAGAAGCCUUUCGGAUGAGAGGUGAAACCUACACAGACAGAUAAAUAUACCGCUCUGAAUGUUAUAUUUCUGUUAUUGCAUUCACAUUGCCAAUUAUGAAAUUUUUGUAACAUUUAUUUAAUUUUUCAGACCAAAAAAGGAGCUAAAACCACGCUUUAAAUACUGCUGAGCACAGAGGUCACUCUCUCUGUUUGGGUGCCGAAUAUAUGCCUGAGGUCAGAACCGGCUCAGAGGAUGUUUGAAACAUGUGAAAGUUGUAAAUGAGACAUAGAUGUUUUAUAAUGAAGAACUGAUCACAUCACAAGAGUCUGAACUAUAAAUUUAAUCUGGGCCAAAGCUCUGAAUCACUGAUUGAUUAGGUAAACCUGAUCGAUGGAUCAUAGAUUUACUUACGUGUUUUUUACUAUAGUUUUUCAUUAAAUAGUAGAAAGCAGUUAUGAAAUGUGAACAUUUUCAGUACAUGAACUUCUUCAUAUGAUAAGAAAGGGAGCAAUUUGGAGGUGUUUUUAUAGAGUUUUAUACGCGUUAUUAGACAAUAAUUUUAUUGGUGGAAAACAUCUGUUGAUGCAAUAAUGAUGAAAUAAUUAGAUUACAAAUCCUGACUUUGAGUUAAAACAAAAAAGAAGAAAAAUGAUAACCCGACAUGUAAAAUAUGUGACUUUAUGACCAGAUCUGUCAUCAUCUCUUAACCUCCUGAGACCUCAGCUCGUGAUUGUGAUGCAUUUUCAAAUUCUUCUAGAUAUUUGUGAUUAGAUGGACCUGAUAUGUAUAUAAACUAAGUUUCCUCUUUGAACAGGAAGUUGUAUUUUGUCACAUGGUUUUUACAUACUUUUAUGGAACAAAAAAUGUCCUCAGAUGUGGACAAUGGGCUUAUUUUAUAGCAUAACACAACAGAAACAAAAUGACUUGACAAAGUAUAAAACACUGUUGAGCAGAAUGAAGUAUAAGGUGCAGCAAAGCCAAAAUGUAAUGUCCCCAUAUGUGGACGCAGGGUCUCUGGAGGUUAAGGUUUAACCUGUGAGUGUGUAGUGUCUGAUGUAGGUUGUGUACAGUCUGUGUGGGGUUGUUGGGUGCAGUGCAGGUUGCACUGGAGGAGUUCACGGAGCUGAUGACUGUGAACUAAAAGUAUUUAAUGGUGUGAAAUGAAAUCUGAGGUGUUUUUGUGCUCCUGAAGCUGCUGCUCAAAGACGUCUCAGGGAGUUUAUAAAGUGUGUGGAAGCGGUCACAUUUCCCUCUGAUUCAGCACAAUAAAAAAAUAUGAAGUUUCACUUUCAGAUGAUGAAACUGAUUCAGGGAGCUUCAGGUUAAACAGGAUUUUAAGAGCUGCUGUUUCACCUGUUUAGAAGAUCUUCGUAUUGCAGCUUCUGUUCUUUUCUGCUGUUUGUAA